AUGCAAAUUCCAACAAACAAUAUAAAAAAUAACGAAGUCAUAGAUUUACAUAUGGGAGACGAUAGUAGCGGAACUGAUUCCGAUUCUAGUGACGAUUCCGAUUCACAUGAAUUAGAUAUUAAGGAAAAUUUUAAUAAUGCUGACAAUAAAGAUGGAGACAACAUUGAAACACUAAGGAAAGCAUUGAGAAGUUGCAACAGAAGUGCUUACAGGAGAUGCAAGAAGGCUUGCAAAUCAGCAUAUAGAAUCACAUGUUCAGAAUACUACUGUGCGAGGAAAAUAAAGAAGGCAUUCAAUAGGCGUUGUAGCACAAAUUGCAGAAUGAACUUUAGUUGA